AUGCGCAUGCUCUUCCUCGUGCUCGUCGCGCGCUCGGGAGCCGGAGUGGCGGGGUCGGAGCUGCUGCAACGGCGCGAGUGGCCGCGAGGGGUCGUGCUGGGGCUCGCCAGAGAACGAGGCCACGGCGCGGCGCUCGCGGCGGCGCACGGGGCAGCUUUGAGCAGUGCAGCGCCUCAACAUCAGCUUCAAGCAGUGCAGCGCAACGCCAGUGGCCUCUCUGGAGCUGUGCGGCGGCUGGCGGGCCUGUGCGACGGCGCCGAUCCGUGGGCUCGGGACGCGCAGUCGGCUCGCGUGCCGGUUGCCGAGUCAGCCUGGCUGGCGAGAAGCGCCAAGGCCUUCCCUGCAUUCUGGGCGCUGCCCAGAAGUGCGCAGUGCCUUUGCUGCGCCGACGGGCGGCCUCGAUGCGGAUCGCCGCGAGUGGCGUGGGAGCCUCCAGUGGCACGGUCGUUGCCCAACUUUGACUAUCGAUUGCCGCCGGAACCGGAGGCCGACUUCCUCAACCAACCAAACCUCAUUACCGACUGCCGGACCCUGCACAUCACCGACACUCGCACGCGAACAGUCCAGCCCGACAUUCAAGAGACAACUCCCAUUAGCUAA